UUGACGAGACUCGUGAAAGUGCAGGGAAGAGGACUUAGUGAGGAUCACGGGUGAAAGAGGCAACUCCGAAAGUUGAAAUAAUCGCAGUCGACAUGUGGCCAUAUGUCGGGAUCCUUCGGACCGACACGACAUGCUUGCCCGCAAGUUAUUCGCAAGUCGUCGCUGUACACGUUCCGGAGUGCGUUUCCUACAAACACAGCAGCGUAAUGCAGGGGGAAUGCCAGCGCCGCUCAAGGGUAUUAAGAUCCUUGACCUGACAAGGGUGCUUGCCGGCCCCACAGCGACCAUGCUGCUUGCAGACUUAGGGGCAGAUGUGAUCAAGGUUGAACAGUGUGGAAAAGGCGACGACACGAGAACGUGGAACCCUCCUUCAGCCCCUCUUCUUUCCACGGCUAAUCAAACCCUUCCUCCCGAAUCCGCCUACUUUCUAGCGGUCAAUCGUAACAAACGUUCCAUCACGAUCAAUUUCAAGUCGGAAGAGGGCAUCGCCAUCUUGCAUAAGCUCGUCGCCCAGUCUGAUGUGCUUGUGGAAAACUUCAUUUCUGGAAAACUCGCGGAAAUGAAGUUGGGGUGGGAGGAUUGCAGGGAGAUUAAUCCACAGUUGGUUUAUGCUUCAAUCACUGGAUAUGGACAGACCGGUCCGUAUAGAAAAGCGGCGGGUUAUGAUGUUAUCAUUGAAGGUGAAGCGGGGCUGAUGCACAUAACAGGUGAACCCAACCGUCCGCCGUCCAAAGUAGGCGUAGCAGCCACCGAUAUCGCUACCGGUCUUUAUGCACAUGGUGCAAUUAUGGCCGCACUAUUAUCUCGCCAGCAAACCGGAAAGGGCGUCUGGAUAGAUUGCAACUUGUUCGAGACCCAGAUCGCAGGGCUGGCAAACAUAGCAUCCAACUACUUGAUCGCCAACAAGGAAGCCUCUAGGCACGGUACUGCACAUCCAUCGAUAGUCCCAUACCAGGUGUUCCCAUGCAAAGAUGGCUUCAUCAUGAUAGGUGCUGGGAACGACAGGCAGUUCACGUCGUUUUGUACCAAGAUUCUCUCCCGGCCCGAUCUUGCUCAAGAUCGUAGGUUCUCAUCCAACAUCGUUCGCGUUCAGAAUAGAGAAGAACUUGUGAGGAUAAUCACUGAUAUCCUCAUGACGAAGAAUCGCGACGAAUGGCUGGCAAUGUUCGAAGGGAUCGGUGUUCCGUACGGACCCAUCAAUAACAUUCGCGAGACUUUCGAACAUCCGCAGGCGAUCGCAAGGAAGGUGACAGUGGAGGUAGAACACCCACGCGCAGGUAAGAUAAAACUGGUCGCACCGGCCGUAUCAUACAAUGGGGAGAAGAUGCCCAUUCGCUUGCCACCCCCAUGGCUCUCGCAACAUACGAACGAGGUCCUGGGAGAGUUGGGGUACUCGGAAAACGAGAUCAAGACGCUCAGAGAAAAGGGCAUUGUAUAG